GCUUAAUGUCUGGGAAAACGGCCAAAACCAGCCCAAUGUAUUCAAAUAUAGUCAAUUCAUACCUGGCGAAUAUGAGUGUGCCGAAAAAUACCCAUACUAUUUUCUAGUUCAAAUUACAUACCUAAACAUUUUUUUUGUGCUAAAACCUUGAAUCAUAGCUUUAAUGUUAACACCCGUUAAUCCACCGUUAAAACAAACCUAAUGUCAAUGCCACAUGUUUAAUGACGUGGUUUAGUGUUACUUUUUUUUAGACAAAAGCUUCUUAGUUGAAACAAGAACAAAAACCCUCUCGUCUCUAAUUAAAAAAACAAACUAAAAAUCUGAAACAAAUGUAAUCAGAGUUUCUUCAUCAUAGAUUGAUAAAAGUAUUUGUAUUUCAUGUCUGAAACUCUUUCCAACAAUGGAUUCGAUGAGUGACCUUUUUGAAGCACGUUUCACACUAUACCACUGUUGGAUGGGGCAGGGUUCACUUUAAUCUCUGAUAGGCAAAAAGGUCUGAUAAUUGCUGUUGAACAAGAACUGCCUCAAGUUGAGCACCGUAUGUGUGCAAGACACAUCUACGGAAACUUAAGAAGAGCUUUUCCAGGAAAAGAACUUCCUAAGGACUUGUUUUGGGCUAUUGCGAAGAGUUUUAAUAUUGGAGACUAUGACGUAGCUCUAAAAGCGUUGAAGGACUUUGAUGUUCGGGUUUAUGAAGCAGUGAUGAUGAAGAAUCCAGAGAAUUGUAGCCGAGCUUUCUUCAGCUUUACUUCUGUGUGUGAAGAUGUGUCCAACAACUUCUCUGAGUCCUACAACAAUACACUCAACACUGCCCGAGAGAUGCCAUUGGUAGAGAUGUUGGAGACAGUUAGAAGGCAAGCCAUGAUCCGUAUGGAUAUGAGGAGGACUAAGGCAUUUAAGUGGCAAGCAAAAUACAGUGAAAAGGUAGCUAAUACCAUCAAGGCCGAGAAGAAGCAUUUGUUUGACUGUCGAGUGAUACCAAGUGGUAAUGGUAUUUAUGAAGUUGGAGAGAAUAAUCAUGCUCAUACGGUUAAUAUGGUUGAGAAGACGUGUGUUUGUAGAAGGUGGAGCAUGACUGGUAUUCCUUGUUGCUGGUUGUAGAGUGUUUAUUUAAUUAUUGUGCUUUUGGUAUUGGAGUUGCCAGCCACACCAUCGUUUUAUGUAUAACUUUUGCAACGACUUUGUGUAAUUUCUGGAUAUAUAUUAUUGUCUUUUGUUGAUUAUCA